CCCCACUUUUCUCUUUCUUACAAAUUUCUUGCUAGGCCGUAAGUCAUCGGUCAUACUUCCUUCUCGUUCUCGACGCAUCAAAAUGACUUGUAAACGUCGGAAUGGAGGACGUGCUAAGCACGGCCGUGGCCACGUGAAUCCUGUACGGUGCACUAAUUGUGCACGAUGUGUGCCAAAAGACAAAGCAAUCAAAAAGUUUGUUAUCCGUAACAUUGUCGAGGCUGCUGCAGUUCGGGAUAUUACUGAUGCUAGCAUCUAUCCCAGCUUUCAACUUCCAAAGUUGUAUGCCAAGUUGCAUUAUUGUGUUUCUUGCGCAAUUCACUCCAAGGUGGUACGCAAUAGGUCUAAGGAAGACCGUCGCAUUCGAACACCACCAGUACGAAAUUUCCCAAGGGAUCUGCGUCAGGGUCAACAAAACAGGAAAUGAGAGUAUCAUGUAUUCUUAUUAAUGAUAAAUAAAAGUGUAAACCCAUAUA